UUUUUGCCCCACAAAUGGUGUGAGCGAGGCAGUAAAUUAGCCCGCUUGUCCCGCCCCACACAGCGAGUCAGUUUAGCAAUCAGGAGUUUGAUCCCACUCCUGUGCCUGGAGCACGGCCUGCAGAGUAACGCCUCCCUGCAUGAAGUGUAUUGCUGCGUGUGGGUUUCAGUAUCACGCUUCGGAACGCUGUAGUGGUGGCACCCAUCGCUCUAACUGCGGGGAGGAAGCUAAGGAGGACACAGAAGGACUGGGCACGUCUGGCAGGCUAACGGGAAAUACCUCUUCUGGCAUAAGAAGGCGUGUGCCAGUUGGACUUUCCCGUGUUAAGAGACAGACCAUUUAAGGGAAAUAGUGGGAGUACACAGAAGGAUUGGAAAUGAUUGGAGCAGUAGAAGCCAAACACACAAACCAAAACUAAUUGGCCAGGAGAAACCCAGCUCUGUUGGAGAGUGGAAUACAUAGGUGUUUGAGGAACUGAAAAGGGUAUUAACUGCAACCUGGGAGCUGGCAUAUCAAAUGCUUGUUUAGAAUCUGGAUUCUUUCCUUUUAAAAUAAGAAGAAAAAUGCCUUCCCUGGGUGGUAAAGUGCAGACCGUGUUGGGGCUUGUGGAGCCAAGUCAGCUUGGCUGCACCAUGACCCAUGAACACUUGACAAUGAACUACAGCUGCUGUUAUGUCCCGCCUUCCUCAGGCCAAGAAGCUUUGUCUGAUGGGCCCAUUGAGAUGAAGAACUUGUUUUGGAUUAAACAGAAUCCCUACAGCCAUAAAGAGAACCUUCUUCUGUGUCAGGAAACAGAUGCUGUAAAGGAAGAGCUAUUACACUAUAAGGCAGCAGGUGGUGGGACUGUAGUGGAGAACACAACCAGGGGUAUCAGCCGAGAUGUAAAGACUUUAAAGAAGCUUGCUGAGGAAACCGGGGUGCACAUUAUUGCUGGGGCUGGGUUUUAUGUGCAUGCCACUCAUUCUUCCGAGACACAAGCUAUGUCAGUGGAGCAGCUUACAGACAUUAUCGUCAACGAGAUACUCAGUGGAGCUGAUGGAACCAACAUCAAGUGUGGUGUUGUAGGAGAAAUUGGCUGCUCAUGGCCUCUGAUGGAGAGUGAAAACAAAGUACUGCAGGCAACAGCGCAUGCUCAGUCACAGCUGGGCUGCCCCAUUAUAAUCCAUCCUGGCAGGAAUAGUGAUGCCCCUUUCCAGAUUAUUCGCAUUCUGCAGGAAACUGGGGUGGAUAUCUCAAAAACAGUCAUGUCUCACCUUGACAGGACUAUAUUUGAUGAGAAGAAACUGCUGGAGUUUGCUAAACUUGGAUGCUACUUAGAGUAUGACCUCUUUGGUACAGAAUUGCUUUAUUACCACUUCCAUCCCGAAAUUGAUAUGCCAAGUGACAAUGAAAGAAUUGCAAGGAUCCGGAUGUUAAUUGAUGAAGGCUAUGAAGACAGAAUUGUAAUUGCUCAUGAUAUGCACACUAAGAAUCGAUUGAUGAAAUAUGGAGGUCAUGGAUAUUCACAUAUCCUCAAAAACAUUGUUCCUAAAAUGCUAAUAAGAGGCAUACCCCAAAAUAUAAUUGAUAAGAUAUUGAUCGAGAACCCAAAACAGUGGCUGACUUUUAAAUAGGGCUCAUGAUUAGAUAUUCACAUCUUGUAUGUGAAGCUUGCUGAGAAAAAUUCAGAUUUGUUUCAAUAGAGUGGUCAUUUUAAAGCUAGGUUCUUUUGAGGAAAACUUGUGUGAUGUUCAUAAGACCCCUCAAAGAGCAGAUAAUCAAUUCCCUUUUUAAUUAGAACAAAAAAUGUUGUGUAUUAUAUCUCCAUCUGAUUACCUCUAAUAAUCUGGUCCUGAAUGAGUUAUUUGUUUUGAGCACAACUACAGAAUCUUUCCAAGUAAAUAUUGAAAUAUCUGCUUCCAAAGAGCAGAUUUAAUACUACGGUUAGUUAUCAUUCAGGAUUAUAAUUUUUUUAAAGAUGCAUUAGCGUAACUACUUGAAGAAAUUCAAAAUGUUUCCAGUUAAAUGGCCCCCCUCUGGAGCAAUUUGACGUUCCUUGUAAUAUUGAUGAUCCUGUUAAUUAUCCUGCUGUUCUUUAAUUAAUGCUUGAAAAAGAAUAUGGCAUUUUUAAAUAGCUACUGCAGAAAACAGAAUAACAGAAGGAAGACAACGUGAUUUCAAAAAAGGUACUGCAUCUCUCAUGAUUAACAACUUGUAGAGAUUAUUUUUAAAUGAAAAUGUAAAAGAAUACAUGGAAAGUAGAUUUUAAUAAAGCAAUUUGUAGACCACUACCAAC